AACUCAUUGGCACGAGAACAGAGAAAGAGAAAGGCGAGGAGAAGAUAAAAUCAAGAGGGGAAACAGGGUAGAGGCAGAGAGAACAGAAGGAGCGAUGCCGACUGGUAGGAUGAGCGGCAACAUCACGCAGGACUGGGAGCCGGUGGUCCUGCGGCGGGCGAAGCCCAAGGCGGCCGACCUCAAGUCCGCCAAGGCGGUGAACCAGGCGCUGCGGACGGGCGCGCCGGUGGAGACGGUGCGCAAGGUGGCGGCGGGCACGAACAAGAAGGCCUCCGCCGCGGCCGUGGCGGCGCCCGCGAGGAAGCUGGACGAGAUGACGGAGCCGGCGGGGCUGGAGCGCGUGGGCGGCGACGUGCGGGCGGCCAUCCAGAAGGCGCGCGUGGCCAAAGGGUGGAGCCAGGCGGAGCUGGCCAAGCGCAUCAGCGAGCGGGCGCAGGUGGUGCAGGAGUACGAGAGCGGCAAGGCCGUCCCCGUCCAGGCCGUGCUCGCCAAGAUGGAGCGCGCGCUCGAGGUCAAGCUCCGGGGCAAGGCGGUUGGGGCGCCCGCGCCCGCCGGAACGAAGUGAUGGUUCGUGGGGACUGCUUGAUUUGACCUGUGAAUUUGGGAUGGAUGGUAGUCAGAUCUGUAAAUCUCCGGUUGCUCUCUGGUAGAUUGGGUUGUAAAAGUCGUGCAAAUUGAUACAUCUAAUGAAUUUGAUGCCAAAUA